CAUUUUAUACAGAGCACUCGUAGACAAAAUCAUGGUACCUUUCUUUGGCUGAUAUGUUAGGUUUAGUUGAAAGAUUUAAAGAGAGAUUUGAAAAAGAAAAUGAAAAAGAUAAAUGAUAUGUAAAUAAAAUAUACUUACAUUUUACCUAGUUUCACGUACUUUUUUUCUUUUCUUUUUGAAAUUUCUCUCUAAAUUUCUCAACCAAACACAACAUUGAUGGCAAGCCUUUUAAUGCCUUCAGAGCACAAACUGGUCCCCUUAGCCAGCCCCAUCUACAAAAAUCAAAACACAUCUAAAACAAUGUCAACAUUCAUUCAAUCUCUACAGCUCAGCCACCAUCUCUAACACUCACAAUUCAUCACCCAUGGAGUUGUAUGGAAAAGAAACUCCUUGGAGCUUCAUGGAUGAUGAAAGGAAGAACAUAAAUUUACCGAGGAGACUCUCCUUUGGUGAUCACGAAUCGGAUUCCCACUUCGCUUCUGCAAGAACAUCUUCUGCAUCUGCAACAUCGUUUCCACUAUGGCCUACAAGUCCUGAGACACCAUGGACGCUAUCCCCUAUUCGUACAUCUCCUACUCCUUCUCUUCUCUACCAUUGCUUAGCCUCGCUACAUCGCCACGAAGGUAACAUCUUCUCCAUCACAAUCUCCAAAGAUUAUAUCUUCACUGGCUCGGAAAGUAGUAGAAUCCAUGCAUGGAAGCAACCAGAUUGCACUGAAAUGGGUUAUAUCAAGACUAAUGCUGGUGAAGUCCGAGCCAUCUUGGCAUAUGGAAAACUUCUCUUUACCACACAUGGUGACCGCAAAAUACGAGUGUGGGAUGUGUCUUUGAAGGAGAAUUUCAGGCCAAAGAAGAUCACUACCCUACCAACAAGAAGCAAGUUCUUCUUGUAUCCGAGGAAGAAUACUAAUCAGCACAAAGACUACAUCUCUUGUAUCGCCUACAACCAUGUUGAAAAGAUAUUAUAUACAGGUUCAUGGGAUAAAACAGUCAGAGCUUGGAAAGUUUCAGAGAGGCGAUGUGUUGAUUUGUUUUUGGCUCAUGAAGGUCUUGUUAAUGCAAUCGUGAUCAACCAACAAGAUGGGUGUGUCUUUACUUGCUCCUCCGAUGGCACGGUCAAGAUAUGGAGAAGGGUUUUUGGAGAAAGCUCACAUAUUCUCACUAUGACACUAAAGUUCCAACUCUCACCAGUUAAUGCCUUGGCAUUAAGCUAUUCAUUAAGUGAUUGUUUCCUCUACUCUGGCUCCUCAGAUGGGCUCAUAAACUUCUGGGAGAAGGAGAAGACAUCCGGUAGAUUCAACCAUGGAGGAUUUUUACAAGGUCACCAUUUCUCUGUUCUUUGCUUAGUAGCCAUAGAAGACUUAGUCCUCAGCGGUUCUGAGGAUGCAACUAUAAGGGUAUGGAGGAGAGAGGAAGGGAAUACAUUCCAUUCAUGUCUUGCAGUUAUAGAUGGCCAUCAUGGGCCAGUGAGGUGCUUAGCAGCUUCCUUGGAAACAGAGGAAACUGUAAUGGGGUUGUUAGUGUAUAGCGCAAGCUUGGAUCAAACCUUCAAGGUGUGGAGAGUUAAAGUUUAUCCUUCCGAGAAGGUGAACCAGGAAAACUCAGUAUCAAAUAGUCAACAGUCGGAGGUUAUGGAGUGUCGAAUGAGUCCAGUGUUAUCGCCUUCCUGGGUAGAGAAGAAGAUGCAAGCCAACCACUUCUAGGAGGAAAACAACAAUAGGCGAAGACUUCAAUUUAUAUCCCCAGAGAGAGGAAUUCAAGAAAGUUAAUGUCAAGAGAGUCUAUAUAUGUGUGUGUACUCAUUAAAUUUUAAUCUCAUCGAGAUUUCAUGAUUAAAGUUCUACCUUUUUCCUUCGAUGAAAUGCAUUAAGGGAUUUCCUAUCGGCAUAGCAACACACACACACGGAUAGUCAAACCAUCAAAAAGAAGAAGAAAAAAUAACAAGAAGAACAACAGCAAGGAUUGAAUUUGAAGCGCUGCACAUUCAACAGAAAUUCAGCGCAAAGUAAGAAAAGUAAAACCUAUUUAAGAUUCUGUUGUUAAGAAUGAUGCUGGUGAUGGCAUGCUGGGUUAUUGGGAAAUUGAUGGAGUGGAGAUCCAUGAGACAAUAUCAGCCAAACAAAAUGGAAACAAGCAAAAAAAACUGAGGUUACUCUUCACACCAUUCUUCAACUACCACACCAUCAAUAAGGUCUGAAAACCUCUUUAUAGAUUGAAACAUGUUUUUUUAUUUUUAUUUUUAUUUUUUAUGAAUGAGAUAUAUAAUCACAUUUAAUUCCAAAAUGACAAAUAACAGGUUAUGAAAUAUUGAAUACUUUUUGAGCCUAGAGGUGGAAAUGGAAUGAAAUUGAAACUGUGGUUGGUUUUCCUGUUGUAAGUUUUAGAAUUCCACCCAAAUUCCUAAAUUGAUGUCUUUUUAUAAACAUUCAAGAGUUCCGAAGAAACUGACUUCCUGGCUUCCUCAAAAUCAAAAAUUUUAAGUCGAACAGUUACAAGAAGAAUUGUUCAUAUAUAAAUCAUUAUUGCCAUACAACUUACAACUAAUCAUUGAAGUUCUCUCACUACAACAAAUAACACCUUUGCCGACCAAAAAUUUGGUCGUUAAAAGCUCAAUUUUAGUCGGCAAAAGUUAUCCACGACCAAUUUUUUUGGUCGCUACUUUGGUCGCCAAUUGAGGGUCGGCAAAAGUAAUUCGCGACCAAAAUUUUUGUUGGUCGGGAAAAGUUGGCUUUGCCGACUAAAUUUUUGGUCGCUAAAUAUAUCAUUACUGCGACUAAUCCAUUCUACCGGUAAAACACUUUGGUCACGAAAAGUGAUAUUUUUCCAACCAAAUAUCUUUGUCGCCAAUUGUCACAUUCCAUGACCAAACAGAUUAGUCGCCAAAAGUCAAGGAAUCGACGACUAACA